AUGCAAAGUGCGUCAGAUAUUAUUUCAUCGCUUUUGUGGUUUAAAGAAAAUAGUAACAAUGAAAAUGAAAAUGAAUCGCAAACAAUUGAACAAUUCGUGCAAAACGUUGAGGAUUUUAGUUCUCAGUAUGGAAGUGAGAUAAGUGUUUCCUACACCGCUUUUAAUCUCCGCGGACCCCCUUCGAACUUCCCCGAUUAUGGGGAUUAUCCACAAGCGUUUGUAAUGAGAACUUAUGGAACCUGGUGGGAUGAAGCACCAUCGGUGCAAGAGGAUUUUAUGCCACAAAAUACAAAUAUUAUACCGAGCCAGGACUAUGUAGAAGUUUCCUUUGAAAGAUCUGUAUACCCACUUGAAGUAGCAAUAUUUGAGACAUAUAAUCCUGGUGCUUUAGUAAGGAUUUGGGCCUUAGGACCAACAUCAUGGAUUUUGCUAUGGGAAGGUGAACCUGAGUAUGCAGGUGACAGCCCAAGAAUAUUUAGCCCUCCAAUACGUCAAAUUAAUUAUCCCACAAGAAUACUGCGUCUAGAAUUUAAUCACAAACUACUACCCUAUUAUACGGAGCUUGAUGCAAUACUUCUAAGAGGCAGAGAGCCACCCAGUGAAUUAAAAAAACGAAAUAACUUUUCAUACUCCACACUAUUUUAUAAAAAGACGCAGCCGGAAAAAGGAACACUCUUAAAUAAGGUGAUAGCAUCAAAUCUUCAUGAGAAGGUUUUACCUCCUGGUGUAUUAGCUAAGACUGAAAGAAUAAAGGACACGGGACCUCUACAAGGAGAUUUCGAGAGGCUACCGGACGAGACGAUACUAUGUGUAAUGAAGUACCUGGAUAUGCAGUCGCUAUGCCGCUGCGCUCAAGUCAACAGACAUUUCCGAAGGCUGGCUUCGGAUGCGAUUCUCUAUCGGAGCAUAGACCUUCGUCCGUAUUGGCACUGUGUCAGAUCACAGGUACUGAUGACGCUGUCAAGGCGAUGCAAGUUCCUUCAGAAACUAGAUCUGUCGUGGUGCGGAAGUCACUGUAUGAUACAAUCGCAUUACGUCGUCAACUUCUUAAAAGACAGCGGCGCUGAGUUGACUCAUCUUCGACUGAAUUGCUGUAAAUUCGUUGACAACUCCGUGUUAAGAGCUGUAGUUAACACAUCCGCUAAUUUACAAGAACUGUGUCUACGCUCCGUGGUAGUGUGUUCUGAUUGGGGCUGCCUAGCUGCAUUGACCAAGUUAAAGCGUUUGGACUUAUAUCGAACUCAUAUAACGACUGGUGCUGCAGUGGCUAUUGUACGAGCUAACCCCGGCUUGUUACAUCUCAAUGUUGGUUCGUGUAAAAUGAUAUCCGCCAUGGAUGAGGUCGCUUUUGCCCUCGGAGCCAAUUGCCCUGGACUUUUGUCAGUGGACUUUUGGAAGUCGUUUUCGCUUACUGCAGCUGGACUGCGUGCUUUAGGUAACUGUAGGAAUCUACAAGAGUUGGAUGUCGGCUGGUGCUUACAAGCUGGUGGCUCUGGAGAAUGGCUAUCAGCGCUAUCUGUUAGGGAAUUGAGGAAGCUGUUUCUAGGUUCACUGCGUGGUAUUUCCGAUAGGGACCUCCGUGCCCUUAUACCUCACGCCAAGAAUCUAUCUCAGCUUGAUUUGUUGGGAGUUAGGGCGGUAUCACCAGAUAUUUGUUCCGAGAUAUUAGCGGAAUGUCCUGAGCUAAGACUACUGGACGUUAGUUUUUGCGAUCAAAUACAGGAAAUGCAGGUCCUGGAAUGGCGUCGGCAGUACCCUCACGUCAGUAUUAAACGAUCUUUCCAAUCAGCUAACCUCAGCGGAGAACCCAACCCCUUGUUCUUGGAGCCAAGUCUAGGAUGGAAUUUCAUUUAG